UUAGAUCCAACACGGUGGCCCCGGCGCACGAGUCGCUGGGAGCUGUCCGGUGCUGAAAUUUAAGCAAAGACUUUAACCCCCGGCACGGGAGUCGCUGGGAGCUGUCCGGUGCUGAAAUUUAAACCGAGACUUUACCCGAAGCACAGGAGUCACUGGGAGCUAUCCGGUGCUGAAACUUAACGCCGGCAGAAAAGCCGCUGGGAUCUGUUCAGUCCUCAAACUGAAUCCUGGACUCUACCCCAGCGGAAAGAGGUGCUGGGAGCUGUUCGGUACGGGAACUAAAACCUGCUCUCUGCUCCGCAACGUUCCGUAGAAGGAAAAUAUGCCGCGAUCCUUCCUUGUUAAGAAAGUCAAGCUGGAUGACUUCCCAUCCCCUACUACCAGCAUCCCAUCGCCGACUUCAGAUUACGAUAACCCUUAUGCCAGAAGCGCCACCAAUAACGUUGGGAGUCUAACCACUCGAUUGCACGAAAAAGGGUACAUCACCGGGUAUAUGACGCCUUCCGUCUACGACGGAGACCCCCAAAACGCGAUUAAACUAUCUUCGCCCGAGCCGAUCUAUGCAACAGUGCACGGUGAAUACGGAGUGCCGGACUCGGAAGCACCGGACAGCCCGCAAUCUGGGAUUACAACCGGCUACAUCAACGGGGAUGCGGCGGUGAGCGAAGGCUACACGGUGGAUGCUUUCUUCAUCACCGACGGUAGGUCGAGGAGGAAAGCGAUCGGCGGCUCUAGGAGCACCAUCCAGCGGCACACUUGCAACGACUGCGGCAAAACGUACGCCACGUCGUCCAACCUGAGCCGGCACAAGCAGACACACCGGAGCCUGGACAGUAAAAUGGCCAAGAAAUGCCCGACCUGCGCCAAGGUUUACGUCUCCAUGCCGGCCAUGGCAAUGCAUCUGCUCACCCACGACCUCAAGCACAAGUGUGAGAUCUGCGGCAAGGCGUUCAGCAGACCUUGGCUCCUGCAAGGUCACAUGCGCUCUCACACCGGGGAGAAGCCGUUCGGCUGCGCGCAUUGUGGCAAAGCGUUCGCCGACCGCUCCAACCUCCGCGCCCACAUGCAGACUCACUCGACGUUUAAGCACUUCAAGUGCAAACGCUGCAACAAGACCUUCGCGCUGAAGUCGUAUCUGAACAAGCAUUACGAAUCCGCCUGUUUUAAAGGCGCCAUGCCGGCUCUGAAUGCAUUAGAAGCUUGAUGCCUGUCCCUUUCCCUCGUCCCUGCCCCAUCCCACCCUCUACCACCCUCCCCCAGAACAUUUACUCCCACUCCCCACCCCACCAUCGAGCAGGAAGACAACACACGAAUUACAAUAAGAUCAUCGCUGGGUCUAAUAGCACACUUACAAUGUUUUGUAUCAACAGCUGAAGAUCGAAAUAUUACUUGCUUGCAGUUCUUCGGGUAGACUUUAUUACAAAAACAACCUCCUGACUCAAACCAUAGACAACAGCGGGCCCCUCUCGCAAAACCUCUCGCUGAAAUUCAGUGAAGGCAUUAACGGGGGCCGCUGACCGUUCAAAAUUUUUUAGACACACGGAGGACUUGUGUACUUUUGCCAACGAUCAAAACAACUCCCCUGUCUCAGCCCCACAUUCCUUCUUCCUUGGCCUAACAAAAUGAUCAACUUGUUUAAGAGUUCUUUAAUUUAUUUAUCCAGUGACUAUUGGUUCGAUCUACCCCGGCCCGUUGCCUCUCCAGUUUGAACUUUUUGAUGUAUUGAUUUGCACUUUAUUUAUUUAUUUGUUUGUUUGUUUGUUUGUUUAUUAUCGGAUUCAUCCUUGAAUCGAUCGGUUCAGUGUUUAACAGGUUGGCAAACUGUUACCGACAUGCCAAAGCGCUUGCCACUUUCAGAAGGACAGACAUGAAAAAAAACUUUUUUGUUAGAUUACUUUUUUUUGUCGAACUCUGCAUUUUAUGCAUGCAAACAGUAUUCAAUCUAUGCCAAUUGUAAGAUAACUAUAUUUUGAACUUUUUUGCAAAAAGAUGAGAAAAAAUAUCAUAGGAAUUAAAUAAUGUAGACAGUUUUGAAGGCAAUAUUUCACGCAGAGCCUGGAAUACGCUAUACAGCAAUAAUUAAUUGAUGCAUGGUAUUUUUAAGACAAAAAUAGUAUUUGGAUAAGCGAAUAAAUCAGGUACAUUUUAAUCCAGUAUUCUGAAUAGUAAAACAGUUAUUUAGGAUAUUAACUGAUUAAUAUCAGGGAAUUUUCCAAUGUAGUCUUAUAGGAUUUAAGACAGACGAAUCUUCCAUUUUAACGUUGCCUGCCUUUGUCCCAAUGCAUUCUGGGACGGCCUUCAUGGCGGGGAAUGCACAGAGACUUUUGAUAUCGAGUGACAUGUGGUGAGAAAAAAAGAUAAUCAUCGUUAACGCAUUCCCAUUACCGUCUCUUUCCCUCAUUUUAGGAUUUCACCCGGAAGUCUUUCUGGAUUCAGGUAGAUGAGAAUGGAUUUAUUAUUAAUAAGGGUCACGCGCACGCGGGAGAAGUGUAUUUCGCGUCGAGUCUUGUAAAUAACAUUUGCAACUUGGAGACUAAACAGGAUUUUUACAAAUUGUAAAGAAAAGAAGUCUAUAACUCUCCCAGUUACUGGGGGAAAUUUUCACGGGAAUUUUUAAGCCAGUAUUGAAAUGACGGUUGUAAGCACAAUGACACCAGAUAUUAUGGCGCACUUCGUAGCUAAAAAGGAACAGUAAUAAUUAAUAAAGCCGAUUCUUAAUAUACGACGCCUGCCUUGUUAUUUUUUUCCAGUGGCGUGCCUAUUUGAAAGUCCUGUUGGAUUUACAAAUCCAAAUUAUC